AUGGCGACUGCAGAGGAGAAGCAAGAGCAGAGACAAUUGGAAAUGGCCAAAGACCACGAUGCCGCAUCGUCGUCAGACCCCGAGUCCGGAGUUGAUCAAGCCGUGAUAGGUCCAGCAUGGAUGUACAAGCCCUUGUUCAAGCUGGGCAACUGGGAGGCCCCUUAUUUUGCCUCCCCCGAGGUGCAGUUGUACCUGGUUUCUUUUGUCUGUUUCCUGUGCCCCGGCAUGUUCAAUGCCGUGAGCGGACUCGGCGGCGGAGGCCAGGUCAACGCCCACGACGUGAACAACGCCAACACAGCGCUGUAUAGCACCUUCGCCGUGGUCGGCUUCUUUGCCGGCUCCAUUGCCAACCGGAUUGGUCUCCGAUUGACUCUCUCCCUCGGAGGAUUGGGCUAUUUCCUCUACGUGGCCGCCCUUCUGUCUUACAAUAUCAAUGAGAAUGCAGGCUUCCUCAUCUUUGCCGGAGCCUUCCUCGGAGUAUGUGCGGGUCUGCUGUGGUGUGCACAGGGCGCGGUCAUGCUGAGUUAUCCCCAUGAGCAUGAGAAGGGCAAGUAUAUUGCCGUCUUCUGGGUCAUUUUUAACCUUGGUGGUGUGAUUGGCAGCUUGAUCCCGCUCGGUCAAAAUAUGCACUCCAACGCCGGGAGAGUCAACAAUGGCACCUACAUCGCGUUCCUGGUUCUCAUGGCAAUCGGAUUCGUCCUUUGUUGGUGCAUUGCGGACUGCAAGCAUGUCAAACGCAGGGACGGCUCACGCAUCAUCGUGAUCAAGAACCCGACCUGGAAAUCAGAGUUCCUCGGCUUGUGGGAAACCCUACUGAAGGACUCCUACAUCGUUCUCCUGUUCCCCAUGUUCCUCGCCAGCAAUUGGUUCUACGGAUAUCACUUCAACGCCGUCAACCUGGCCUACUUCAACGUGCGCACCCGAGCCCUCAACAGUCUCUUGUACUGGUUGAUGCAGAUGGUGGGAGCGUUUGUGUUCGGUCAGCUCCUUGAUAUGAAGGGCCUGUCUCGUCCCUGGCGCGCUAAGAUUAACUUUCUCAUUCUCCUCGCCGUCACCAUGGCGAUCUGGGGCGGUGGUUAUGCUUUCCAGAAGCGGUACACCCGGGAGAGCGGGGACAUUGGCACCGACUUCUCCGACAGCAGCUAUAUUGGACCGAUGUUCUUGUACAUGUUCUAUGGAUUCUAUGAUGCCGCCUUCCAGACCUGCACCUAUUGGUACAUGGGAUCUCUCUCCAACAACAGCCGCAAGUUGGCCAAUUUUGCCGGUUUCUACAAGGGCAUCCAGUCUGCCGGUGCUGCCGGCAUGUGGAGCUUGGAUGCACAGGAGACCCCCUAUAUGACCGAAUUCGCCUCAUGCUGGGGCAUUCUCGUGGGCAGCAUGCUUGUCGCCUCGCCUGUCAUCUUCUUCAAGAUCAAAAACAGCACUGCCGUCGAGGACGACCUGCGGUUCUCGGAUAACACCACCGCCGAUGUUGUGGGUGCGACCCAUGAGCUGGGUGACAUGGAAAAGCCCCAACAAACGGAAGAGCGCCGACCGACCCUGACACUCCACGAAUCUCAAGAGAACGAAUCUCAAGAGUCAGUCCCCAGGGCCUGA